AAACCUGGUGGAUAUCGUUACGACAAGGAUAUUGGACUAUUACAUUUUGCCAUGUACAGUUAUAUUCAGGGUGGUCGUAAAUUUUAUGAAGUGUUAAGUGCUAAUUUUGAAGGAAUAUUUCCUAGUUGCAGAACUAUUGAGAGAAAAUUAUCCUCGUUUCACAAAUCAGUACCCGAAGGAGAAGUAAAUGUUGCGUUACUUAAAGAAAUUUUGGAUAAACAUAGACUGCCACCAGUCGUUUCCAUUGCGGAAGACGGAACAGCCAUCGUCGGACAGAGAGAAUACGAUAAAAGGACAAACAGAGUCAUUGGAUUUAGUCUUCCGCUGCGAUGCAAUGGAUUUCCCGAUUCGCUAGCUUCUUCUGUCAGGACCGCCGAGGAUAUUGUUAAUUUAUUCGAAAAAUAUGAACGUGCAGCUGUGGUUAUCACUGUUAUGGCGCAAACCAUGGAUGAGCAAAUCCCGGCUAUCCGGAUUGCUUCUUUCUGUUCAAACAACAGAUUUACGGCAGACGAUGUUAAGCACAGGGCUAAUUAUAUUGAAGCCGAACUAAACAAGUUGGGAAUCCGAAUGCUUACAUAUUCCGCAGACGGAGACAGUAGAGAAAUGAAAAUGAUGCGCCAAGUUUUGAAUUUAGGUGCGCUUCCCCCCGUCUCUCACGACAAAAAAAAGGCAGAAGCGGUACGUGCAGUGCCAGUACAAGACACAGUUCACAUAGGCGCAAAAUUUCGAACGCGGUUACUGAAAAGAGACCGAGCUACAUUUCUCACAAUAGGUAAAGGGAUUGCUUCGGUGUCUGACCUUGAACAACUCUUAACAGAAGUUACCAAAGGGCAGCACCACUUAAAAAAUGGUGAUCUAAAUUUGCACGACAAAAUGAAUUACGAUGCUGUAAGAAGACUGUGUGACCCUUGUGUCACUGAUAUUCUGUGCGACAAAGUAGCAGGUUCAGAAGUAACGUGCUUCUAUCUUAAGCUAAUGAGACUAAUAACAGCAAGUUAUUUGGAUAAAAGCUUAUCACCACUAGACAGAAUAUAUGGAAUAUGGUAUUCUUGUCUCGCUUUACGGUAUUGGCGACAUUGGCUUCAAGAAAACGGAUACAAACUAGAUAUUAAUUUCAUCACCCUCAACGCGUACAUGUGUGUUGAGAUAAAUGCCCACUCCUUAGUCCUCAUAUCAAGGAGACUAAGAGAGAAUGGAACUCCUCAUCUGUUUCGGCCGUGGCAUUUUGGGAGUCAGAGCUGCGAAUCUUUUUUUCGACUUGUCCGGUCGUUGACUUCAACAGAAUCGACCCAAGUAAAUUUAAGUGGAAAAGGUUUUUUCAGUCGUAGCGAGAGAGCGGAUGCCGCAAACCAACUUCUGGGAGAAGGAGAAAACGAUGGAGUUUAUUUCCCGAGGUUUACUCAUGCUUUUGAAGACCAGAGCCAAGACGAUGGCAAAAAUAUUUCUUUCAAUCUUCCUUCUCAUUUACCCUCCGAUGAGGAAAUCGAACGUAUAAUUCGCAAGGCCAUGGUAGAUGUUGACCAUCAGUUUCAAUUAUUAGGUGUGAAAAUGAGAGGAAAAAAGAAAUUUAUGUUCAAUCAAGAACUAGUUCAACGAAUCAAUGUGUCUCGAAAAGAUAAGGAACACCCUGCAGCAUUGAUUGAUAGCAACUUGCUGUUGGAGUUGGAUGACUCCGGUGCAGAAGAAACAGCGGUCGAGGAAAACGUCCAGCCAUGUCCUGACGCGGGUGAUGAAUAUGACAUAGAUGUACUGAAGUCUCUUGGAAUGGCCCAGCUAAGAGAUUUUUCUCAUUUGGUUUCUCGCCAGCUUGAGUCUAGCGCUUUUGCUAGUAUCAUUUGUAAUAAUGGAUCGCAAAUUGUCGAAAAAAGCGCGGUCGUGUGGUUUUGUGAAAAUUCAGUUCGGCGAUUAAGCAAUGAUCGCACUUUACGAGUCAUGCAGUUGGCAAAUUUUUCCGAAAGAAGAAAAUUAAAAAUAACUUCUGUUUCAACUCGAAAAGUUGUACAAAUUGGAGACUGGUGUCUUUUUCGGAAUUUGGAAGGGAAUGGUUUUUUUUUGGGGCGAGUUCUCUCUUUUGCAUACUUUAACAGCACUAAAAAAUCUAUUUCCAUGUUUGAAUGGAUAGUUGAUCAAAAAGACCAUGAGGUUGGGGUACUCUGCAUAUGGUAUAAACUAGAUAUAAAUCAAUCUAUAUUUUCGGGAAAAUUAAUCGAAGUACAUGUCCAUCAUGGUUUUCACCCUUGUGUUUCGUAUAUUUGUAGUUGUCCUUCUCCAACAUUUACGUUUGAUGCCCAAGGUUCAAAACAAUUGUUUUUUACCAAUGCAACAGUUAACCAACUAUCAAAUUUUCUCAAGGACAUGACAUUAUCAAGGGACUAAAUAAACUAUUCCGACUCACUACA